GCGGCCGCCGCUGAGGGUCGGUCGGUGCCGCUCCCCGGCCGGGGUGUCCCCGCCGGGCGCUGCCCGGGGCUCCGCGAUGUCGAGCGGCUGCGCGGCGGUGCCGGAGGAGGAGGCGGAGGAGGGAGGCCGGGAGCCGCGCUGUGUGUCGGCGCGGUGCUCCUGGCCCUGCGCCCCGCCGGGCGGCCUGGCCCGGGCGCUGUGCCUGCGGCGGGGCGCGGGGGACGGCGAGCCCGGCAGCGAGGCCGUGCUGGCGGAGCGCCGGGCGGGCGGCGAGGAGCCCUGCGAGCUGCGGCUGCAGUGCCGGCCCGGCGCCGAGAUGGUGUCCGUGGGGAUCGUGAGCCAGGCCCGGAACAUGGAGGUGUACGUGGGCGAGGAGUACUGCGGCACCAGCCGGGGAGAGAGCCGCGGCGCACGCCCGGCGCCGGGUGAAACUGAAGAGGUUACUUUAUACCACAAGUACCUUAAGUUUGAAUGCCCUGCAACCUCCUGUAGAGUUAAGCUGCUCUCCUUUGGUGAGAAACAAAGAGUACUCAUCAGUAAAAUAAUUCUAGAAGUGAAAGCAGUGUCUGCAAAACUAGCAACUGAUUUUCCUUCACUAGGCUCAAGCAUAGAUCUAGACAGAGUGCAAACUAUAAUGGAAUCCAUGGGAUCCAAGUUGUCUCCAGGUGCUCAGCAGCUCAUGGACAUGGUCCGGUGUCAGCAGAAAAACAGCUUCCCUCUUGGAGACAAACUCAGCUGGAUCUUGGGGAAAAAUUCCGACUUUGGAGGUGACCUUGCAAUAGACGGAUUGCACAGUGCAGCUCUUCAGUCAUCACUGAGUCCAUCAGCCAGUGAACCUUUGCCUGUUAAAAAUCAUUUAACAAGUGAAGCACUGUAUAAAGACUUAAGAAUAACUCGUGAUCUGAACUCAGAGGUACCUGAAAGAGGGAAUACUUUGGAUUCUGAAAGACUUCCUACCCAGCAGAAUGCAGUUGACCUCAGGAAUGAUUUGAAAGCCGUGGGAUCUUUGCAAGUGCAGGAACAAGCAGGUGAAACUCCAAACGUAGCCAACCCACAGGUGCUUCUUCCUUUUCUUCAAAACUUGUGCACUCAGGUGAAUCACCUUCGGCUCAAGGAUGGAGAGAGGCACAUCGGGAAAAGGGCAGUGGCUAAAGAGGAAGGUGUUCAGUGUGUUGGGGUAGAACAACAGCCUAUUUGCUCCUAUUUGGAAAAGAUCAUUUCAAAAAAUCUGGAUCUGAUGGAGAGGAAACUAAUGGACUAUAUUGACUGCCGAAUGCAGGCUCUUCAGACACACAUAGACAAUAAAAUGUUUCUCUUGAUGGACUUGGUUCAGAACUCAAAACCAAGCAAAAUUUCACAAGCACACUAUGAUUCUAAUGAGGGAUUUUCUAAUGGAGAGAGAUAGAUGGAUUCAGAGGUAGGGUUUCAGUGUAAAUACUUUAAGGGCCGUUACACUUUACAAAGCUUAGUAUUUAUGGAGUUAAAACUAUAAAGAACCUCAGUGUUGUUAACUUGCAUUUUGUUACUGUAAUUCUAUCCACUGUUGCACACAGUUGUUAGUUUUAUGAAAGAUCUUAAGAAUACGUUUUUUUUCCUAAAUAUAAGAGUUUUGUAUGCCCUUUGUGGCUUAUUUAUUUAAAGAACAUUGCUAGAGGUUGUACGAACAGUUCCCCAGUUCCAGUUUGAGCAAUGGAGUACUCUAAAUAAACUGAGUUACUGCAUAUCUUUUUA